CAGUUUGGAUUCCGCCGCGGAUUCCAGUCAGAGAUGGGCUGACGAUAUUAGCAAGUACGUCAACCAACAGAAGAGGAAGAUGAUUUUUGGUAGCGUUGUGGGGAAGUUCUAGGUCGCAUGCUUCUACUUCUAUAUCCAGCGCUUGAGUUUCGUGUUUGAGACAUUAGAUAUACUGGAGUUACGGGAGUGAGCCGGUAAAGGUAUUCCUAAGAUCAUCAGCGACGCAUAGACUUUAAGGGUCCAAUGCCACUACGGCUACUUUAUCGCGUCUUGUCAAAGCAUUAUAGUUCCCUUAAAGAAAGGGCCAAAUUGGAGAGGCGGCUUACGCCGUUAAGAUACUUUUCUGACUUUACCCCUAGACGGUAGAUAUCCUGCAUUCUGCCGUAAAUGAACGACCUAAUUAGGCAAAUCAACACUUCGUUUAAACUAACCCAGAGCUAGCUUUAUUUAUUUUUUAGAUUGAUUCCCUGCGGGACCAUGCAUUUCUGGUCUAUACAUAGGGUAAUUAGCUUCGAUCUAGAUUUCAAUGAUGUGAUUGCCACCAGCUUAUGUAUGAAAUAAUAAACCUACGCUCACCUCCACGCUUUCUUAGACCCCGUAAUCUCUUGUCUAUGACCUUUAGCAGGGCCAAAUAGGGAAAUCAUAUAGACAUCAUGCGAAUCUUAUCAGCUUCUCUGGUUUCUAUAGCUGCUCUUGGUAGCGCUCAGAAAGCUACGUUCGAGCUUUCGUACCCCUCGCCAUGGGGAACGGGAGGUCCGGGAUGGGAUGAGGCGUACGAAAAAGCGAGGGAAUUCGUUAGCAAACUUACGCUGCUCGAGAAGGUUAACUUAACGACCGGUACUGGCAACCAAGCGGAUCUGUGUACGGGGAAUACUGGCUCGGUACCGAGGCUCAAUUUCCGCCACCUAUGUCUACAGGAUGGGCCUGUGGGGGUUAGGUAUACCGAUUUGAACUCGGUGUUCCCGGCGGGUAUUAGUGCGGCAGCAACAUGGUCGCGAUCUCUCCUUCGAAAACGGGGAGAAGCAAUUGGCCAGGAAUUCAGUGGUAAAGGCAUAGAUAUCCACCUAGGCCCCGUAGUUGGCCCCUUAGGGCGGGACCCCGCCGGAGGCCGAAACUUCGAAGCUUUCGGACCAGACCCGUACCUCUCCGGCGUAGCGGUCGCAGAAACGAUUAUUGGUGCGCAGAGCGCGGGGGUAAUAGCUAGUGUUAAACACUAUAUCCUGAACGAGCAGGAACACUUCCGCAGCGGUAUCAGUUCAAAUCUCGACGACAGGACGAUGCACGAGGUGUACCUGUGGCCGUUCGCAGACGCUGUGCGUGCGGGCGUCGGAAGCGUUAUGUGUUCGUACAAUCAGAUCAACAAUACCUAUGCGUGCGAGAACUCGUACGUGCUGAACAAGCUGCUGAAGAACGAGCUUGGUUUCCAGGGGUUCGUUGUCACCGACUGGGGCGCUCACCAUACUAGCGUCGCAAGCGCUCUCGCGGGUUUGGAUAUGUCUAUGCCCGGGGAGGGAUUCGGAGCGGGCAAGUACGGAUCGUACUGGGGUGGAGCACUGACCGAGGCGGUGCUUAGCGGUGCUGUCCCUCAGUGGCGACUUGAUGAUAUGGUUAUUCGUAUCAUGGCAGCUUUCUAUAAGGUAGGGCGGGACACGAAGCAAGUCGAUAUCAACUACUCUUCCUGGACGACUGAGACGACGGGAUACCGGUACUGGGCUGCUAAACAAGGAAAUACCACGGUGAAUUACCAUGUAGAUGUGCAAGCCGACCAUGGUGAACUGAUCAGGGAGAUUGGCGCAAAGGCGGCGGUGUUGCUUAAGAAUGUUGGAAGAGCCCUCCCCUUGGUCAAGCCAGAGAGUAUCGCUGUCAUCGGCGAGGACGCACAGGAUAACCCCGACGGGCCUAACGGGUGCGUGGACCGCAUCUGCAAUAACGGGACGCUUGCGAUGGGCUGGGGCUCGGCGACAGCCGAAUACCCCUAUUUGAUCUCGCCGGCAGCUGCACUCGAGAAGCAGGCGAAGGCUGAUGGUACGGCAUUUACGAACAUUAAGGGGAAUUUUGACCUCGAUGCUGCUAAAGCAGCUGCUAGCAACGCAUCUGUUGCGAUUGUCUUCGCUAAUGCCGAUUCAGGAGAGGGAUAUACGACAUUAGACGGUAAUUUUGGAGACCGUAAUAAUCUCACCCUUUGGAAGGGAGGUGAUGAGCUGAUUAAGGCGGUUUCGUCGGUUAACCCUAACACUGUAGUUGUUAUCCAUAGUGUUGGCCCGGUCCUAAUCGACCACAUCAAGAUAAAUCCCAACGUGAGCGCUAUCGUAUGGGCCGGGCUUCCAGGUCAGGAAUCGGGUAACUCGUUAACAGACGUACUAUACGGCAGGGUUAACCCGCAAGGCCGAACCCCUUUUACCUGGGGCAAAGGGGCGAAAGACUGGGGGGUAUCGACCCUGUUCAACUCGACAUCAUCCGAGCCGCAGCAGGACUUUGCAGAAGGCUUGUUCAUCGACUACCGGUACUUCGACCGCGAAGAAAUCGAGCCGAGCUUCGAGUUCGGCUUCGGUCUGAGUUACACUAACUUCACGUACUCGAACAUAACUGCCACUCUCAGCAACUCGGGACUGUAUAAGCCUGCAUACGGGGCCACGUCCCCGGCGCCUACGUACGGCGAGCUGGAUUGGGACCCGAAGAAUGCGGUUACCCCCGAGGGCUUUUCCAAGAUCCCCAGAUUCAUUUACCCCUAUAUCGACAACCCGAACAUUGCGAACACGACGGAAAGAAUUCCUCCGGGUGGCCAUAACGCUUCUGCGCAGCCGAUCCUACCGGCAGGCGGUCCGUCGGGGGGGAAUCCCGAGUUAUACAAAACCCUCUACGUUAUCAGCGCGGACAUCACCAACAGCGGCGAAGUACCGGGGACCGAGAUCCCGCAGCUGUAUAUCUCGCACGGCGGCCCCGCGGACCCAAAGGUCGUGCUGCGCGGCUUCGACGAGGUGUACCUCGGGCCCGGCGAGACGAAGACGGUCGUGUUCAACGCGACGUACCGCGACCUGAGCAGCUGGAGCCCCGAGGAGGAGGACUGGCGUGUUACGUCGUACCCGAAGACAGCGUAUGUGGGGGCGAGCUCGAGGGAUCUCAGGUUGGAGAAGAUAUUGCCGCUACCUAGGGCCUAGCUACUUGUUAAGGUCUUGGAGCUCUUGGGGAGCUCUUCCUUCUCUUGGUAAGCCUUUUGUGAAAAAGGAGAGGUAGCCUAGGAUUAUGAUGAAUGAAUAUAUGCCGUGAUAUGCGAGGAUAUUAAGCGAAGCCCUAUCUUCUAUUUGGUGUGCGGGCUUGGUGAUACUGG